AUGGCCAGGAUGACAACGGGUAUUUCGAUCCAUGUUCAGCCUCAAGAAAUUUCACUUAUUGUUGAAGAAGAUAAAACUGUUCAGUUUUAUACCACUGAUAAUUUGCCAUCACCUGUUGAUAUCACAUUGAUGCGAUCAGAUUUAUUCGACGGCACGCCACACAUUUUCCAACUUGAUAAUCAAACACGAUCAGCAAACAUUGUGAUAACGGGUUUACAGAUUACAAGUCAUUCCAUAUUGGAAAUCGAAGAAUGCAAUUCUACAAAUCCAGUUGGCAAAUGUCCCUUCAAUAAUUUGGAGUCUGCUUUUGUCUCAGUGAAAGUGGUGCAUAGUAAGUUAUUAUCAAUCGGUGUGAUUGUUACUGGUUGGAUAUAUUUCUUCGCUUGGAGUAUAUCGUUUUAUCCACAAAUAAUUCUUAAUUAUAAUAGGAAAAGUGUUGUUGGAUUGAAUUUUGAUUUUUUGUUAUUGAAUAUUAUUGGCUUCACAUGUUAUACAUCUUACAAUGUUUUAAUGUAUUUUGAUACAUAUAUUCAGGAAUUAUACCAACGUGAUCAUCCUCAUAAUUUAAUUCCCGUUUUAUUCAAUGAUGUCAUAUUUGCCACACAUGCGCUUUUAGCGUGCCUUGUCACUGCCUUGCAAUGCUUUCUUUACGAACGUGGUAAUCAACGUAUUUCAUAUACUUGCUGGCGUCUUGCAACUUUAUUUGGACUAAUUGCUGGAAUAACCUUAAUAUUAACCGUAUUCGAGAUAAUGAAUCCAUUGCAGUACAUUAUGGGUUUAUCCUAUAUUAAAAUGGCUAUUACGAUUUGUAAAUACUUCCCACAGGCGUUAAUGAAUUUCCGACGGCGAAACACGGCAGGAUGGUCGAUAGGAAAUGUUUUGUUAGAUUUUUUGGGUGGACUGAUGGAUAUCACACAAAUGAUUUUGCAAGGAGCAAAUACAGACGACUGGUCAAUAUUUUAUGGAAAUCCAGUGAAAUUUGGUCUUGGAUUAGUAUCAAUGCAAUUCGAUGUAAUCUUCAUGGUGCAACAUUACUGUUUGUACCGAAAUUCUGGUGAAGAUAGUGCAAAGGAAAAUGGUUAUAAACCAAAUGUGGAACCACCACUACAACUAACACCAUCAUCGCUGCCGAUGCCAUGA